UAGAAUAUUUAGGGUCACAAAGUUAUUCUAAACUAUAUAAGGAUCACGACUUCACGACUUCACGAUUUAACCCCAAAUCGGAAAUUAUGGAUCCAAGAUUUGCCACGGCGUCAAGACUAUUAGCCUGUGCUAUAAACGAAGGCCUUGUUAAAGCUUUAUACAAGCCAAAUACAAACUUAAAUGCAUUAACGGACAAAAAGCUGAUAUCUGGGUUCAUCCUUGUUCUUCCUGAAGGGGAUCAAGAUUUAACUACUAAUGAUGAAAUUGUUAUCAUUCCUAUGAUACAUAAACCAAUUAUCGACGAAAAAUAUGAAAGUAAUAAUCGAACCUCCGUAAAAAUUGAAUUUGUAGAUCCCUGGGACAUGUCAGCGCCUAUUUGCAAAAUUGGUUAUCAUGAUUUCCAUUUAUCCGGAAACAGCGAAUUAGGUCAAGAAAUUGAACCAUCUUAUUUUAUGAGGAUGUUAGGAAUCUGGAGAAAUUUGGAUAGAGAAAAUGUCAAACUAAUAUGCGCGGAACUAGACAGUUCGGUUAAAUACCAAGAGUAUACGUAUAAACUCCCGUGCCCGACACCUUCUCUACUCUCAUCAAGUAUUGAAUGGGAGCAAAGUUUGAUCGAAGGUCAUGCCUUACAUCCGAUGCACAAGGCACGAUAUGCUAUAUCACCAAUUCCCGAAAUAUUGCCUGACUCUUAUGACUUUCAAAAACCGUUAAUUCGAUUCGUCGAGGUACCACGUGAAAAGGUUAUUUUACGUGGCCUUUGGGCGGAAAAUGUGAACAUUCUAAUCGAUUCGAUGUCGCGGAAGCCUACUUGUUCACCAGAUACGAUUCUCUUCCCAGUGCACGAGCUACAAUUACCAAAUAUCUUGGAAAAAUUCCCUUACGUCAAAGUUUUACCUUCUGAGUACUCAAUCCAAGCUAGUAGUCAAGCAUCUCUACGAACUAUUGUGAUUCCAACAAUUCCCGAAAUUUCAAUUAAACUUCCCUUGGGUAUUAAGGUUUCUUCGGCUUUACGUACAAUUACACCAUGGACAACCUAUAUCGCUACUGGGCUUGCUCCAAUAUUAGAAAAGCUUGAUAUUGAUAGAAACGUUUUGAAAAUUGCAAAUGAAGUUGCAAGUGGUGUUUCCGUGGAGUCAAAUUAUGAUAUAGCCAAACAUUUAAGCUGCAUCUUCCGUAGAGAUUUCAAUGAUCGCAGCGCUCCCCAGGAAAAGACAAUAAUUUGCGCAGCAUUGUUGGAAAGAGACUAUGAUGGAAUAAGUUUUGUUCAGAAAGUGUGGAGAUUGGACACGGAAGAUAAAAGUUGCAAGUUUUUGGAGAGAUAUUCCGAACUUUUACUUCGUGCAUUUUUACCUCCAACCUUGACCAACGGGUUUGCAUUCGAGGCUCAUGCGCAGAAUGUUCUUGCACGCUUCGAUUCAACUGGAGAGCACCUUAUUGGAUUCGUAGUUCGAGAUUUUGGAGGCAUUAGACAUCAUCAGGAAACAUUGUUUGCAAGCACCGGACAGUACGCUGAUGUCCUGAAAGGCAAUGCAACAGAAGCCAAAGAUUUGCUUGAGGUUUAUAAACGCUUUUAUCACACGGUGAUCCUGUGUCAUUUGCAUCGUCUCGUUCGAGCACUUAAACUUCAUCAUUCUGGAGUUGGCUGGAAAAUUAUUCGACGACAUCUUUCAGAAAUGAUUCCGCAUGGUCAUGCACUAAAGAAAUUAUUAUUGGAAGAAGUCAAACUUCCAAUAAAAUGUUUCCUUCGAAUGAAAAUGGAUGGAUUGUAUCGAGAUUACAUUUAUCGAGAUGUUCCAAACAUUAUAUUGUAUAAAGGCGAAGAUGAAAGUGCGGCAAAAUAG